CCCUUUUGUCUCUCUCUCACACACACAGACGGACAUCCGCAAGCAAACUUCACACCAGUGAGACCAUACUUUAUCGCUCCUCCCAAUACAUGUAGAUGCCGGUUAUUACAAAUCAAGAGAGUUCUUCUUUUUCCAUUAGUUAAGAGUUUCAGAUGAAAGCAUUAAGGGUGCUAAGAACACUGUCCUCAAUCACCACUGCUCAAUCUCCAAACCCCCAAAAAUGUUUCACAAGUUCCUCUCUUUUUAACCGAUUUUACUCUGCCCAGCCGCAACACGAUGACCCAUUGCCCCCAACCACCGACGAAUUCCACGCCGACGCUGUAUUUGAUAGCUCCCAUUUUGAUGAUUUAAAUCUCAAUUCCAGUAAUAUCGAUAACGGCAAUCAAAAGCCAACGUGGGACGACAAGUAUAGGGACAGGGUGAAAAGCCAAGUGUUUCAGGAAGACAUCUCCCAAUCCAGAAUUUGGAAGAGAGAAGAGGAGAAGAAGAAGAAGGCUGGCAGGCUCGCCGAAUCUCUGCUAGAGGCCGCAUUGGAUGACGAUGAGUAUGACGAUGUGGAGGUGGGGGAGGUCAAGGAUGAGGAUCAGAAGUCGUUAUCUGUCGGGAUAAUCGGGGCUCCCAAUGCUGGAAAGUCUGCCCUCACUAAUUACAUGGUUGGGACUAAGGUUUCUGCUGUUUCGCGCAAGGUAAAUACCACCACUCAUGAAGUGUUGGGAGUUUUGACCAAAGGAGUCACACAAAUGUGUUUCUUUGAUACUCCCGGACUUAUGUUAAAGAAAAGUGGAUUUCCAUACAGCGAUAUCAAAGUUCGAAAUGAAAGUGCAUGGACUUCUGUUAACUUAUAUGAUGUGCUGAUAGUUAUCUUUGAUAUUCACAGACACCUUACCAGACCCGACUCGCGAGUGGUAAGACUGAUCGAAAGAAUGGGUUCAAUUAGCAACACGGCUCAGAAGCGUGUGUUAUGUAUGAAUAAGGUUGACUUGGUUGCGAAGAAGAAUGAUCUGCUAAAGGUUGUUGAGGAAUUCAGAGACCUACCUGGAUAUGAAAGAUAUUUCAUGGUCUCGGGAUUGAAGGGUGCCGGAGUAAAAGAUCUCACUAAGUAUUUGAUGGAGCAGGCAGUAAAGAGACCGUGGGAUGAAGAUCCAUUCGCCAUGAGUGAAGAAGUCAUGAAGAACAUAUCACUAGAAAUUGUUAGAGAAAAAUUGUUGGAUCAUGUGCAUCAGGAAAUUCCAUACGGUAUUGACCAUCGCUUGAUGAGCUGGAAAGAGUUGAGAGAUGGGUCUCUGAGAAUUGAGCAGCAUUUCAUCACUCACAAGAUUAGCCAACGCAAGAUAUUAGUGGGGAAGAAUGGUUCCAAAAUAGGGAGGAUAGGUGUUGAAGCUAAUGAGGAGCUGCGUGCGAUAUUCAAGAGGAACGUACAUCUCAUCCUCAUGGUUAGAGUUAAAUCAUGAAAUCAUCCUUCACAGUAGUUCAGAAGGGGGAGCCAAUUUCAAAACACAUCCAAAAAGACUUCAGCUUCUCAACAGAGUGUUCAAAAACUGUUUUGUAAAGGCAACCUCCGAAUACAGCGUUAGUUGGAUCAGCUUCUUUCUGAGUUGAUUAAUUCGAACACUGCAAUUAAAUAUUUUCUUAAUUUCUCUCUAUUUUUGGUCGACAUCCGUGGAAGAAUUAUUAAUAUAUAUACAUGAUAAAAAACGAACAUACAUUAUCAUA